AUGAAUUUCGCUCCUUACCAGGACGAGUCUCCCGAGAUCGAGCGGGCUCUGUCCCCUCCGACCCUGGACGGUCGCGUCAAAUCUCCCGCCCUCCGGUCGCCGCGGGCGUCGACCGACUUGCCGUCCCCGAGCCACUUUGCUAGCGGUCGACAAAGUAACACAGGCUUUGGACGUGAUUUGGAGGGUGGCCAUGUGAGCUUGGGUGCCUUUGAGACUAGCCUUCCUAUCCGCAUGGAUGUGGAAGCUGCUCUGGCGUACUUGCUGCUGCCUCCGGCGGGAGGUUUGUUUUUGCUGUUGGCUGAGCACAAGAGUGACUAUGUGCGAUUCCACGCAUGGCAGUCAAGCAUGCUGUUCGCGGUUAUCUUCAUCAUUCACCUCAUCUUCGCCUGGAGCAGCUUCAUCUCCUGGACUCUCUUCAUCAUUGACCUAGCCCUCAUGGGUUUCCUCAGCAUGCGUGCUUAUCGAGACGUUGACACCCUCGAUCACUUCGAAGUUCCAUUCAUCGGUCGCUUGGCCAAUUCAUUCGUUGAUAAUGAAUGA